AGGGAGAGCAGAAAGACAGUUCUUGUAGCUUGUCUCUGAGGCCACAACCAGGAUCCAGGCUCUCUGUGGCACCUGCCACAGGCCCUUGAAGUCACCACCUAGCCAGGCAGGGUAGCUCCAGAUUGCAUUCCUGGCAGUUGGGAGAUUGAGGGAUGAUGAUCAGCCUGGGCUACGUACAGAGUGUGUUCCAGGGCAGCCUGAGCUACAGUGAGAUCCUGUCUAAAAACUGUAUCUUCUAGGGAAUUGCCCCGAGGGACUGAAACAUGGCUUAUCAGUGGAGCGUUUGCCUAGUAUGUGUGAAGUCUCAGUUUGAAAACAAAGGAGCAUCACUCUGUGUGAGCCUGUGAGGAACAGUCAUUUCAUCAAUGGCCUUGAUCCCAAGACAGAAAUCGGGGGAGAGCUUCAGAAAUCCAUAACGAAAGAAAAGAGCCGCAAACAAACAAACAAACAAACAAACAAACCCACCCAGAAACCCAGCAAAGCAGCAAACAGCCUGAGCUGCACAGAUGGAGAACAGAGCAACAGAAGCCACUUCCAACAGGUAAGCAGACAAAGUCCUGCCUCCAAGACGAGCCCACAGCCCUCACAAAGCAAACAGGGGGCAAGUCAGUGACAAAGGGGAACCUCACCUGUCACAAUGCUGUACAGCAGCAGUUCCCUCUGACAUUUGAACCCUCCAUCUGGAGGGAAGCUCUUUUUUUUUUUUUUUUUCGGUUUUCGAGACAGGGUUUCUCUGUGUAGCUUUGCGCCUUUCCUGGAACUCACUUGGUAGUCCAGGCUGGCCUCUAACUCAGAGAUCCACCUGGCUCUGCCUCUCGAGUGCUGGGAUUAAAGGCGUGUGCCACCACCACCCGGCUGGAGGGAAGCUCUUUAAGACUCAGGGUGUUUACAGUGAAACACUCCAUCCUUCAGAGAAGCUCCUUAGGCUCAGGAAAGAAGCAACUCAAAACAGCUCCAGAAAGUUCCUGAAACUGAGCAGAUUCACUAGGCCCCUCCCUCCCCAAGAGGAUACAAGUGAUAACGACUGCUAAGAGUCACUCUGAGGAGCCGAGCUGCCUGGAAGAGGCUCAGACCAACUGAGGCACCAGGAAAGGCCACUCUGCACCUGUUGAGCUGCCUGCAGGCUGUGCAGUGUGCUCCAGGUUCCCAGCUUUGUGAGCUGUCACCCAGGCUGGCUAAGUGUUAAUGAUGUAAGCCAUCUUUGAGUUGUCUCUACUCCUGUUAGUGCCUCCAGUAAACUCACUGGCUCACCAAACUGGGCUUUGGUGGUAUCUAUACUUUGGUGUGCCAUGGCCUCCCUCUCUAGGGUAAGCAGACAACUGUGCUGGCUAACUUUAUGUAACGUGACAUAAGUUUACAAGCUAGAAUCAUCUGAGAGGGAACCCAACUGAGAAAAUGCCUCCAUAACAUUGGGCUGUAGGCAAUCCUGUAGAAUAUUUUCUUAAUUAGCAACUAAUGGGAGGGUCCAGCCCAUUGUGGUCCUGGGUUUUAUAAGAAAGCAGAUGGAGCAAGCCAUGAGGAGUAAGCCAGUAAGCAGCACCCCUCCAUGGCCUCUGCAUCAGCUCCUGCCUCCAGGCUCCUGCCCUGCUUGAGUUCCUGUCCUGACUUCCUUCAGUGAUGAGCAGUGAUAUGGAAGUGUAUGCCAAGUAAACCGUUUUCUCCACAAACUGCUUUUAGCAUGGUGUUUCAUCACAGCAACAGAAACCCUGACUAGGACAACCAUUCCAUCUCCCCCAGGAACACAACACACACUAUCUGCCAUGAAGGCCUGCGGCUGUGAGAAGACCUGAGUCCACUAGAAAAUAAAACAACAGAGCCUUAAGUUGCAGCUCUUAGUAAAAGAGCUGCCAGCCUGACCUGCUUUCUGCCUCUGUAACCACGUGCUGUUGGAAACUUCCUCUUGUGGUCCCAGCCAGGAGUCCCUUGUGGUGCUCAGUUACAGAGACCAAAACUGAAACCCACCAAAGAGGAGAAGAAUCGAGAAUGACACCAUAAACACCCGAGUGGCUGCAGCUGGCCUCCCGGGUUCUUCGGGCUACCCGAGUCGCCGAUAUGAAUAAACUGCGUUCUCCACUCAAGUCUCAGGAAGUCUGUUCUGAGAGUGGCGUUUCCCACAACAGCUGAAUGCUAUCUUGUUGAAGACUGAGCUAACUUGGCCUGAGGUCACGGAAUAUCCACAGGUGGGGAGUUUUAGUGUGGCUGCAAUAACCCCUAGGUGAGGAAAGGCUCAGAGAGGUAGCAGAGGGCAGGAGGGCAGGGCACUGACAAGCUGAAGGGUGUAGGUGGCAGGAGGUGGGCAUAGGCUGGGAAGUGCAUUAAGAGACACAGCCCCGUCCUUGGUGGCCAGGAAUAGAUCUCACUAAUUGAGAGUAAUGUUGGGGGCUUGAUAGCUCUGAGCCCAAGCCAAGUGGGUGGGUUAAACCUGUCUGUCAAAGCUGCAAAGCCCCAAGAACUCUGAAGUUGGAGGGUGUGCAUGACACCCACAAAAGCGUCCCUCCAGCAGGUGAUUAACGCUCAGAAGGUCUUGGAAGUAGGAAGGUGGGUCCUCUGCUGUACACACCUAGUGCCGUGAGCACUCCCACACUUCCAACGCGUGUGGGCGGCACCCUAGACUAGAACAUCAGCCACCUCAAGGUGGGUGGGAUCCAGGGACGAUUAGAGAAUCUACCUGGCCCAAGGAUACAAAGCUGACGGUGGCCAGCAGAGCUGACUCCUGCACAGACACGGGGACAGUGGACACUUGUCCAACCCUGACUGAGGAGCAGUACAAGUCCCAGGAAAGCCUGGCUCCUCCCUUCCCCAGUACUCACAAGGAAAGAGGCUCCAGUGUCACUCAGGACGUUUGUCUGGGGUUGUUUUUGGCUUUUUGAGCGUAGGACAUCCCUCACCACACCACAGCCCCCGUUUUCUUAUUGAAUUCCUGCCAGAACUUCUACUGAACUGAAGUUUUUGAAGUUGUGCUCUUAUCUGCCAUCGCCUCUGCACAUGCGUCCAACCUCGGUUACGGACUUUCCACUCUUGUUCAGCAGUUUUUUGGUUUUUUGUUUUUUUUGUGUGGUGAUAUAUUGUGUACUCUAAUAAAAUUUGCCUGAAGAUGAGAGAACAGAGCCAGCCACUAGAUUAAACACAGAGGCCAGGCAGUGGUGGCACAUACCUUUAAUCCUAGCACUCUGGAGGCAGAGAUCCGUCUGGAUCUCUGAGUUCAAGGCCACACUGGGCUACAUGAGCUUGAUUCAGUCUAGAAGAGAAAACAGAGCUGGGCGGUGGUGGCACACACCUUUAACCCCAGUAUUUGGGAAGCACACACCAUUAAUCCCAGCACUAGGAAGGUUGAGACAGGAAGUGAAAUGGCUGGGCGGAGAAAGGCAUAUGAGGCGUGAGGAGACAGGAACUAGGGAGCUUUCGAGUGGGGACUCGGGGACACUCAGUCAGAGGAUUCGUGGAGUUGGCGAGGUGAGAAGUAGCUGUGGCUUGUUUCCUCUGAUCGUUCAGUAUGUACUCCAAUAUCUGGCUCCGGAUUUUUAUUAAGCCCAUCAGGGUUUAUGCAACAGUUUUUGUUGAUUUUUUUUUUUUUUCUUGAGCGCCCCUUGUUUUCUCAGCCUUCCCAUCUGCACACACGGUGGCGGUCUGCCCUCCUUCUGCACUCUGAGGAGACACAAGAGGCACUAGAGGCUCCCUGGUUUUCCGUUUAGAUCACCAUGCCUGGGGCUGGCUGUGCAAGCAGUACCUGAGUUUAACACUCAGCACUCAAAGAGAAGGCAGCCACGACGGAGCAUGGCAGAAAUCCUAGCACUAGGGAGGUGGAGACCCUGCCUCAAAUAUAUGGUGGAGGGCAACUGAGGAAGACACCCAACACUGACUUUCGGCCUGCACAGGCAUGCACACACCCACAGGAACAUUUACACACUUUAUUUCACUCUUCCUUCUUAUGAUUAUCUAAUGUUUUGAAGAUUUUCACUAUGACGCAUGUGCAGGACCACAGGUGCUGAGGUCAUGCCAACACCAUAGCAGUCUACAGUUUUUCCGCUGUUGGUUUUGUGGGCCUGUCGAAGCCUGUGCUUCCUCCUUAAUGCACGUGUGUCAUGUGCAAAAGGCUGCUGCCUGUUUCUCCUCCCUGUGGCUUCAGAACAGACCCCUCAGGAGGACGACCCCCUAAAACUCUAAGUGCUCUGCCAGCCGACAAACGCAGAGAAGCACCGUGACCAAGCCAGGCAGUGUGACUCCCCAAAAGAGCAAGCACCUCCACUGCUGAGCACAGACACUUAACUGGGAAAAAUGCCCGGUGCAGAUUAAAAUAUUUCUGGUUAAAACGAAAAAACAAAAAACCACAAUGGUCAGUGACCGCACAGAGGAUGCUAACGAGCAGGUGAGUCAGUCCACUCUGGAGGGGAAGUCAGUAACCAGCAUGGAUGAGAGAGUCGGUAGCAUGUGUUGUAGAACAGAAUUUUCAGGUGUGUUACUUUUGUUUAUGUCGCAUUUGUUUAACUCUGUGAAGCUGUGUUACUGUGCCUGUCUAAAACACCUGAUGGUCUACUAAAGAGCUGGACAGCCAAUAGCUAGGAAGGAGAAAGGAUAGGUGGGGCUGGCAGGCUGAGAGAAUAAACAGAAGGAGAAAUCUGGGAGGGAAGAGAGAAGAAAGAAGUAGACAGAGAAGGAGGAAGGCAUCAGGAGCCAGCCACCCAGCUACAAAGCAAGCCACAGAGUAAGCGAAUGGGAAAAGCCCAGAGGCAAAAGGUAGAUGGGAUAAAUUAAGGAAAGCUAUCAAGAAAUAAGCCAAGCUAAGGCCAGGCAUUCAUAAUUAAGAAUAAGCCUCCGUGAGUGAUUUCUUUGGGAGCUGCAUGGUGGGCCCCCCAAAAGAGCAGAAACAACAAGGAUGAAGGAAAACUCAGCACAUCAACUAGAUUCUGAAAGAAGCCAAAGGAAAUGCUGGAGGCAAAAGGCGAUGGCUUGAUGAAAACACAGGAAAGCUGUAGAAAGGGUUCUGGCAGAGCAAGAAAGAGUAUUUCCUCCGGCCAGAGUGUCCAGCCCUGCUCUGGGGAUAGGGCUCUUCCCAAGAGCAGCAGAGGACACUGUGUGUAGGUAUGCCACUAGAGUGGCGGCAUCUUACUCCAACCAAGUCAUAAUAUCCCAGUGGCUCAGGUUCAGGCAGACAGAAAGCCAUAAAAGGCCAAGUGUGAGCGAAAAGGAAGAUUUCCAUCAAUUUUUUCAAGGACACAGAAUUCCUUCAGACAUGCAAUGUGUCAGGCCCUGGCUAGGAAGCAGGGAUGAAGUGGUCCAGAUGGUAAAUGGGACCAGGGCACACUGCUCCCUCCUAUCAAUAGGACAGGCAGACCUGUAGACGGCUGGGUUCUGGAAGAGAUCUUUGCAACAUGGCUCUCCCUGUCUGAGUCUCACUGCGAAGCCAAAUCAUGCACAGUGAAGGGCCGGCUUCCCUGUCCCAUGAACAACACUGUUUUGUGGUGCAUGCUGUGCUGGGCAUGGGGCUACAUGCUGGGCAUGUGACAUGGGUCUGUCCCUCUUUGAUGCAGAAGAUGCUGAGCAAAGGUGGUGAGGUCAUCGGAAGCUGGUGUUGUCCUCCAGGCCCUGCUGAGCACAGCCCACCUGUUCAUGUGGGAAAAACAAACUGCUUCUUAUGAUCCCUCCAUCAGCAGAGUUCUCCACUGUGUGUGGCAACAGUGAGGUGGGGUGCCUUAUGCAGGAACUGUGCUCAAGCCUGCUACCAUGACCCUUAUUAAGGGGUGAUGCAAAGAUCUAAGUGCAGGACCAGGCCUUGCCACUGACACGAAGGAUGAAGGUGAUGGUUAAUGACGCAAAGGGAGGGUCAGAGGUCACAGAAGCCUGUCCUUGCAUCCAUCACUGAAAGACAGCAUCCCAGGUAGCUUGCUUCCUUCCUUCCUUCCUUCCUUCCUUCCUUCCUUCCUUCCUUCCUUCCUUCCUUCCUUUUGGGAUCAGGUCUCACUGUGUAGCCCUGGAACUAGCUCUAUAGACCAGGCUGGCCCCAAACUCACAGGGAUCUGCGGCCUCUGCCCCCUCCUCCCAGUGCUGGGAUUAAAGGUGCGUUAGUGACCUCCUCCUUGUCCUUCAGUCUCCUCCUCCUGUUCACUAGUGUUUCCCAGGCACCCAGUCUGUGUCUGCACACAGAGCAGCCACGCAGCUGUGCUGAGACCCAAAAGCCCGGGAGCAGGGUAGGAUUUGAGGUCAGUGGUGGCACACAGAGAAGGACAUCAACUACACAUGGCCUAUCCCAGAAGCUCCUCCAAGACAGAAUGACACCUCUCCCUGCUUCCUGCAGCUCCCUUGGACCUCCUUGCCAGGAGGCAGAAAACUUGUGCCACAAGCCAAGUGAUUUCUUCCCCGGGGAAGUGCCUUGGCUGUCCCUCACAGCAGGGAGAGCCAACCAGUGCAGUGGCCAUCCUGGGGGCCUCUGCUCUGCUCAGCUCCUCUGCUCCCGGGAGGUCUUUCUCCAUGCCCCUUCCUGGAGCAUUCAUCCACAGUCCGGGCCUUCUCAACUUCACUUUCCCUGUAACCGCGGUACCGAGGUGUCUGUACAGGGCACCGUUCUGGGCCGCUUUCCCUUCCUAGGACACUGAGGUAGCUUGAUGUGCAAGCCCCACCCUUCAACACCAGCCAUGGCAUCAGGAGGAUGCUCAUGCUCCAGGGAACCCAGAGAGCAGGGAGGGAGUCCGAACCCGGCGGAACAGACCCAGGCUGUACCCAAACCACACUGCAAAGCGAAGCCAGAAGCCUGGAGCCUCCCGGCCCUUGGCACCUUCACUUCCUCCCCGGACUCCUGCCCAGCCCGCAGUGUAGGUCACGGGUGCAAGGGGCCUUCUUGGCGCCGGAUAACGACAUAACUGGUGUGUAUGGCUGAGAAAGCCCACGUGCUGCUCUCCGCAGUUACAAGCCGCUGCAGCUUUUCUUGCAACCGUGAUGUAUGCUACCCUAUGGCUCCAAGCCCAGGGUCUAUCCGGGCUCCAGGUUCGCCCACACAAGCCCCGCCCCUCCCCAGCCCCGCCCAACAGGCAAAUCCGCCGCUUAAGUGUUAAUGACUAGGCCAACAGUCCACGUUCUUCUCUGCCUGGGCUGACACUAGGGAGACGUGGAAGUGGUGGUUACCAGUGACUGUCGAGCCAGGAGGAUGAACAGAAGGGACUCCUGUAGCCAGGAGAAGGUGCUGAGCUUCUGAGCCUCAGGCAGCAGGAUCUGGGAGGGGCAAAGCCCUGCACCCCAGAGGGGAGGGACUAUGGAGUCCCACCACCAGGGUCAUACCACCUGGGAUACCAGGGGCAGAAGAACCACCGUUUUCCACCACAAGCAGGGAGGUGGGGCUGCUGACCCAUCACUUCCUUCAAGGAAGGAUGAGCCUGCUUUCACAUACGAAGACAUCUAUUACAGGCCUUCCUUGACCAGGAAGAAGGCCAUAUGCGACUUCCGGGUGAGGUGGCCGGAACUGAUUCUUCUGGACCAGGAGAAAAAGGAGGAGGGACUUCCCCUAUUUGGCCAAAGCUCCUCUGAGAAGCAGGUCCAUCAGGUCAGUGCCUCCUCAUCGGUGGUCAGCAUCAGCAACACAGACCUGGAGAGCAUUCCCAGUGAGCUCCAGGACUCCAAAGGAGCGUUUGCUGUGGGCCCUCAACACUAUCCUGCAGAACCUCCUUAUGUGACCAUUCUCAACAACUAUCUGAGGCCAGAGUUAAUGACCCGGCUGGAGAGGAGGGUGAAGAGGAAGACCAUAGCGGCCCUGCGGGAGCUAGAAGAGGAGAUGGAAGCAGUUAAGAGCCGGCGGUCAGUACUGAUAAUGGACAUCAAGGAAAUGCAGACGGAAAUGUCAUUGGAAGAAACAGAAAGCAAACCCUUCCUGGAGUACCUGAAACAGAGGAAGGGGGAGAGCCAGAGGAAAUAUGACUCCCUGUGGAAAGAUUACAGCCGUCAAUGUCAGAAGAUUGAGGAAUGGAGGCGAGAGCUGGUCUCAGACUUCACCUCCCGCACGGCUGACCUCCAGGAGCAGCUACUGGGGAGCAGUAAGCUGGAGGUCUGCUUCAGGAAGAAGUUGAAGACCCUGAGGCCCGUAGCACAAAUAAAGGAGAGCCAGGACCGAAAGAUCGAGGCCUUAGAGCAGGAGAAAGCCAGCAUCGUGUCUGACAUCCGCUUCAUGGACCGAGAGGCACACUUCCAGUUCCUGAAGGAAAAGGCCGACCUAGAGAAACAAGUGGAGGAACUGAACCUGCUGGACUCAGGAAAGGACAUCACCAGGGAGCUGAAGAAGAAGACCAAGGCCUUGGAGGCUAGGGUCCAACAGGCUCACAGGGCCUUCUGCAAGGCUGUCACUGCUGAGAACCGGCAGCUGCGAACGGAGCUCCAGCAGCUGGAUCAGGAAUUCUGCAAGCUGGAAGCCAGAAGGGAGAAGCUGGAGCAGCGGAAACAGCAAUGGAAAGAGCAGCAGUGGUACCUGAAGGCCCUGGCCCGGGGGAGGCAGCACCUAUGGCAGAUGGAGCACCGCCCCCCCAAACCACAGGCCACCCCACACCCAACCCAGGGCCGUCUACGGGGUGCCAGGCCGAGAGCCACUCCAAAGUAAUGGCUGCCGUGUCCCAGGAAGGAGACUGGAGCUCAAGUUGGGAGUAGCACACAAGACUUGAAGAUGUCAUCAGGAUAAUGCACAGGGGGCAGACGCACCAAGGGGAUGGAGGGCUGAGCUCCUCAGAGAGGCAGAGGGGUCCUGGCCUGGCCUGUCUCUCAGGCUUGGGCCCCUCACAGCAGCCUGAAGGGCUCUCCUAACCAAAAGCUUCCCAGCAUAUGGGAAACUUGGUUCUUUAGACUCCAUGCUCUCCUUGACAACAAGUUCCCUGUGGUAGUGUUGACUUUGGUGCUCAAUUCCUGCUCUAGUGUGGACCUCAUGACAACAGGGUGCAUUUGUAAUCAGCACCUUCCACACAGUCACCCCAUCUCACAGUAGUGGGAGUGGUGUCACAGGUGGGUGCAGGGUGUUCUCUGGGGAAAUGGGUUCUUCGCACUUGUGCAUGGCUGAGGCUGGAUUGGUCUGCAGAGCUGUGGGUUGUGAUGUGGCCUGUGGCCCCGGGUUUGGGUCCUGUGAUCCUGUGUGACAAAAUAUAGACAGCUCUCUGAGUCCUGGGUGUUGCUGCAGACAGAAAGCCUCAGCAUUACACUGUAGAUUUUUAACUUUUACUUAGCUAUAAAAUGAACUCAUUUAAAACUGCUGAAAAUGAAAAUGAAUGUACCUUUGGUUUACAGAUUUUGCUUGCAUGUGAAAUGUUUUGUUCUUAAACAAUGUUAUUGAAAAGUAAAAGCCUGGCUGUGAUUGUUCACAAUAAAAGUCUGUUUAGCAUUACCCAAACAAAAGCCUACUUGUGAGUAUUCAAAAUAAAAGAUAAAGGUAAGAGACGAUGGUGUGAAGGAAGGUGGAAGAUGGAGUGUGACAGGGAAAGACUUAACAUCAAAGUUUCCACAUUGCUGUCCAUCUCGCUGGGCAUAGAACAUCUGAAGGGUUUAAGACGGAGUGGCCCCGUGGCCAGGCGGUCCAGCAGGUGGCCAUGUCCUAGUAUUUGAAGCUGAUGGGCAGCCACCCCUCGGCCAUCUCCAUCCGAUUCCCUGUGCAGCAUUUACUGCCCCGUGUGUCCUGCGUGGUCCCACGUCAGUGUUUGCAGCAGUCAGAACUGACCAGCAAAGAACUACAAGUUUGCUGGCAUGUCAUGUGACAUCCCAGUACCUCACCUAGUCUCAGCACCUCAUGAAGACUUAGGCCAGUCUGAUGGCUUUAGGGAAGAUUUCAACCAGUCCUCAUCAUGUCCACCAGUUUCCUCAGCAAAACCUAAGCCAGCCUCUCCUAAAGCAGCUCUCCGUCUGCUGUGCAUAUGUCUAAAGGUGUCGGUCCUGGACUCCUGUCUCCUGACUGUUUCUAAGCAGUCAGGGUCCCCAGAGUCCUCAUCUGCUGGAUCACAGACUUGCUGCUUUCUUGGCACAGUACAUGUGGUCAGUGACCUGGAGGAAAACGCCGGUUAAGUAGGCUGCCUGCCAGUGGGAACAGUGAGCUUGACCCUUGCACCACAGCACAGCUUUUAUUCGGGACAUGCUGGGUGAGGCUUGGGUGAACAGGCGGAUGGUGAGCAGGCCUGCCUGGUGCUGCUUCACAGAUCUGUGGCUAACCGGGUCCUGGCAGUGUGCGGCCUCAUUUAUUCCAUCCUUCAUUUUGUAAUCUACAUGUAGUAGCCAAGUCCUCCAGCUGGCAUUCCGUUUAAACCCCACCACAGCUCUGAGACAUGAGGCAGUAUGUGCUGCUCGGCUCUGCAGAAUUCAUGGGUAGAAACAGGGACACCAUCUCCCACUGCACAAAGCCGGUGUUUCCCUGAACUAAAGCAGACAAGGACACAAGGGAAGAACACACAGUCCAAUCUCCCUCGUUGGACAAACACGACAACCUUCAAGUCUGAAGAACUAAGGUCAAGAGCACAGUGAAAGCCAGCCAUGGUGGCCCAUGCCUUUAGUUACAGCACUUGGGAGCCGGAGGCAGACAGAUCUUUGUGAGUUUGAGGCUACCCUGGUCUACAGAAUGAAUUCCAGGACAGCCAGGGCUGUUACACUGAGAAACCCUGUCUUGAAAAACUAAGAUAGAUGAUAGAUAGAUAGAUAGAUGAUAGAUAGAUGAUAGAUAGAUGAUAGACAGACAGAUAGAUAAACAGAUAGAUAGCUCCCUAGCUAGCUCAGGGAGACAGAGGGCCUUUAAAGCUCAGGGCCAGGUAACCUGCAGUGUGAAAUGGACAUGAAACAAUCCACAGUCAACACAACCCCAACAAAAUCCAAACAAUGUUCCUCAAAGAAGUCAGAAAAUAAUCCUCAAAUUUACAUGGAAACAAACAAACAAACCAAGCUCCUGAGGAGACGCAGUGCUGGCCCUGACACAGUACUCGAUGUCCAAUCACACCACAGAGCCACAGUCACAGAACCAGCACAGCCCCGCCACAAAAGCCAACCUGGAGGUUAGUCAAAGAGGACAGACGGGCCAGCAACAAACCAGCAAAACCUCAGCCAUCUACGUUUUCACAAAGCUCUCCAAGAAGGCAGCUUCCUCCACGAAGAACACAUGUGGGCCGUGAGGUGGCUCAGUGGGUAAAGCCUGCUGCAAGGCGAGGCCUGAUGACAAGAGGUCCCGCCCAGAGAUCUGCAUGGUGGGAGGAGAGAACCAACUCCAGCAGAGGGUUGUCCUCUUCCCUACACACAGCCAUCACAGCAUGCUUGCCGCAGUGUGGACAUGCGCAUGCACACACGUGCUCGCUCUCUCUCUCUCUCUCUCUCUCUCUCUCUCUCUCUCUCUCUCUCUCUCUCACACACACACACACACACACACACACACACACACACAAAAU